CCUGUUACCGUAGUAGUAGAUAGCGGGAAAUGCAAAAAUGGCAGAGUCCAAAAACAGAAGUUUUUGUUGUGUCCCGGGUUGUUCAUGUUGUAACCAAAAACAACCAUACCUCUCAUUUCACUCAUUUCCAUCUGACCAAGCAACAAGAAAUUUGUGGAUUCAUGCUGUAAGAAGAGAAGAAGGGCCGAAUUUCUCUGUGAGGAAAGGCAACACUUACGUCUGUAGCAGACACUUUGCCAAGGAGGAUUACUUCGGUGGAACAACCAUCAGUCGCCUUAAAAGUGGUGUUGUCCCAAGCCUGUUCCCUUGGAACAAUUUUACAGCACCACUCAAAAGGGAGUCUGUAUUUGAAAGGGUGAACAAACGUCAGCUGGUCCCCUCCCAGGCGGAUGACAACAGUGCAGCUUCUAAGGCUAUUAAAAUGGAUCACGAUUAUGUGACACACCCACCCGCAGGAGCACUGGAUGAGGCCCUGGGUUACAUUGAAGAUUUGGAAGCCAGACUGAAGAGAGUAGACCUGCCAUCUCCCACCCUCUUCAGCAGAUAUUGUGCAUCAGAUGACCAAAUCAGAUUCUACACUAAAUUUCCAUCUGAGGGUUUAUUUAGAAUCUUUUGGGAGUCUAUCGCACCAUCUGCCUCUCGACUGGUGUACUGGACCAAGGCAAAGAGGAUCGGGGAUGAAGCCUGUCCUGAACCCAGCCCACCUCGCAUCAUGCCAUUAAUUGAUGAGUUUUUGAUGUACUCUUUCCGGGUUGCUGUGGGCAUGAAAGAGCAGCUAAUUGCUGACAUGUUUAAUGUGAGCAUUGCCACUGUCAGCAGGGUUACCAUCACCUGGGCUAAUUAUCUUUUUAUCGUGUUGUCCUCAGUCAAAAUCUGGAUCAAAAGGGAAAAGGUCAAAUUAAGUAUGCCACCGAAAUUCCAGAAAUACUGUCCUAAUGUCAGGGUCAUUCUGGAUUGCACAGAAAUUGCUCUGGAGAACGCCUCAUCCUUGACCUUGCAGUCAGAAACCUUUUCCAACUACAAGAACAGAACAACACUGAAAGGCCUCAUCGGAGUAGCUCCCUGUGGUUUGAUUACAUUCAUCUCACCUCUUUACACUGGCUGCAUUUCAGACAAGGAGAUCACCAAAAUUUGUGGAAUCCUUCCCAUACUGGAGCCAGGGGACGAUGUUAUGGCAGAUAAGGGCUUUCUUAUUGAAGACCUCCUUGCUGAAGUUGGAGCAAAGCUGAUCAUUCCACCUUUUAAGCAUUCAGCACAAUUCAGCAAGGAAGAAACAGCACAAACCCAAGCCAUUGCCCGCCUCAGGAUUAUAGUGGAGAGGGCGAUAGCCAGAGUGAAGUCCUUCCACAUCUGGGACUCCCCUGUACCACUUACACUGAUUGGAAGCGUGAAUCAGAUGUGGCUCAACUGUUGUGUCCUGUCCAAUUAUCAGGGACCUUUUUGUCUUGAGGAAUAA